AUGCUUCCUAACUUUGAACCCCAAGACCACGGAAUGGUGGGACUAUCUAUGGGAGAGAAGCAUUUUAUACAGGGAGGAAUUGCUCAAGACCUUCGUACAGAUGGGCGUAAAAGAUUAACAUAUCGCCCCAUAUCUGUUGAAACUGGAGUCAUUGCUCAAGCAAAUGGUUCAGCAAGAGUAAAGAUGGGUAAAACUGAAGUCAUAGCUAGUGUGAAGGCUGAAUUAGGAAGACCAAGUUCUUCAGCCCCUGACAAAGGAAAAGUUUCCAUAUACAUCGAUUGCAGUCCCACAGCAGCACCACAAUACGAGGGAAGAGGAGGCGAAGAAUUGUCAAUGGAACUCUCUGCAGCCUUGCGACAAUGUCUUUUAGGUGGUAAAACUGGAGCAGGAGCUGGAAUUAAUCUUUCAUCUUUGUCAAUAGUGGAAGGGAAAGUGUGUUGGGAUUUAUACAUUGAUGGUCUUGUGAUAAAUAUAGAUGGAAAUAUACUCGAUGCCUUAGGUGCUGCUAUCAAGGCUGCUUUAAGCAACACGGGUAUUCCAAAAGUCAAUGUUGCUUCAACUGCUCCUUCUGAUGAACAACCAGAAGUUGAUGUGAGUGAUGAAGAGUUUCUACAAUUUGACACAACUGCAGUUCCUGUCAUAGUUACUUUAACUAAGGUUGGGAGGCAUUAUAUAGUGGAUGCGACUUCAGAGGAGGAAUCAGAAAUGAGUUCAGCAGUUUCGGUUUCGGUCAACAGACAAGGGCUGAUUUGUGGGUUGACCAAAAGAGGUGGGGCCGGGUUGGAUCCGAGUGUUGUACUUGAUAUGAUAUCGGUUGGUAAACAUGUGAGUGAGGAGUUGAUGAACAAAUUGGAUUCUGAAAUUGCUGCAGCUGAAGCAACCAUGGAAGAGGAGUGACUCAUCACUCAUGACUCAUUAUGAUCAUGUUUUUAAUGGAUGUAAAGAGAUUAGAGAGAGAGAGGUAUUAUUGUGUUCAUUAUUUUGAAAGUUUUGGUUAGAACAUUUUAUGAGGUUAAAAUGACAUUUUGAUGUAAUGUGUUAUAAAUGAUAUACGGGUAGUUAUGUUUUAAUUUGAAACUAGGGAGAUGUUUUGGAUGUGUGUUUUGAAAGUUGUUAGUUACUAUGGUUUUAUCAUUUAUG